AUGGCAGUCGAUUUAUUGGCGGCGAGGGUACGGCUCUGCGUGUUGGGAUUGAGAACCAUGCAAGCCCGAGGCUUCGGCUCGGACCAGUCGAAGGAUUUCGAAGGGAGCGCGGGCUCAAUCAGGGACGCUGGUGGGGCCUUUGGAAAGAGAGAGGCGGCUGAAGAGGAGCGAUACUUCCGAGCAAAGAAUAGAGAGCAACUGGAAGCCUUGAAGAAACACCAUGAAGAUGAGAUCGUUCAUUCUAAGAGGGAGAUUGAGCGUCUGCAGAAAGAAAUCGAACGGCACAAGCAGAAGAUAAAGCAACUAAAACGUGAUGAUUAA